UUCAUUCAUUCAUUCAUCCACCUUCUCUCUCUGUCUCUCUGUCACUCCCAAACCUCUAACUCCAAAAAUCUAGCCUCGAAAUCGGGCAUCCAAAAUCUCCAAUUUUCACUUUACGUAAUCACCCUGUGUAGGACUAUGCCCUAUGAACCUUUUUGUCCAACCAAAACAAGAGGCAGUGUAAGCUGAAGAUUAAGAUGGAGUUUAAGUUGGGUUGGGUGGAGAUUGGAGCGUUGUAGUUGUACCUGCGAUGCGGUUGUGUUGUGAGUAACAAAGCAACAUUAACUAAACCAACAUGUGGCGUCGUUUCUUCUCUUGAAUCGAGGAAAAAAAGCAGGGAGAAAUUCUUUCUCAGCAUAGUGCCUGCCUGCCAUUCAUGGAGGGAUCCAUCUUGAUGCAUCAAAAUGCUCCCUUUCCAUCCAUUCUCCAAAUCUAGCAUUCUUCUUCUUCUUUGGAUCAAACGCCAUUUUCUCUCCUCACUCUUCACCUCCAAACAAUCACUCACUACCACCUCUUCUUCAUCUUCUUCUUCUUCUUCUUCUUCUUCUUCUUCUUCUUCUUCAUUCUCUCUCUCUUCCCAUUUCACCUAUCCCUGCACCUUGUUACAUCUUUAUGCAAACCGUUAAAGUUAAACUUGUUCUCUGACUAGCUGCUUCCCUUCUCUCUCUUUCCUAAGAGGGUUUGCUUCAGUCUCACAGAAACCAGGCGUUCUUGAUAGAUUGCCACCAUGAUAAAGCAAAUUCUUAGCAAAUUGCCAAAGAAGGUACCAAAAUCCGACUCAUCAGAUUCUUCAAGGAGUGAUUCAAGCAAUUCUACAAGUUUUGGGAAUGUUUUUCAGUGUACAAAUGUUGGAAGCACCAUUUCAAGCAAAUUAAAUGUCGUGAAGAGGGUAUCUUCGGUUGUUUUCCCUGCAAGCAUGAGUGCUGGAGUGGAAGCAGUUGACCCGUGUCUGUCCUUCAAAGAUGUCUCAAACACACAGAAGCAAAGCCUGUUCAUUAGUAAGUUAAACCUUUGCUGCAAAAUUUAUGACAUGAGUGAUCCUGAUAAGAACAGUACAGAGCAAGAUCUCAAACGACAAACGCUGUUGGAGCUUGUUGAUUUUGUUUCUUCUGGAUCUGUCAAGUUCACAGAACCAGCAAUCGCUGCUUUGUGUAAAAUGUGUGCAACUAAUUUGUUCAGGGUUUUCCCACCUAAGUUUCGAACAAGUACUGCUGGUGGAGAAACAGAAGACGAGGAACCUAUGUUUGAUCCUGCCUGGUCUCACUUGCAAGUUGUUUAUGAUCUACUCCUCCAAUUCAUCAACUAUAACUCUCUUGAUGUGAAGGUGGCAAAAGCGCACAUAGAUCAUGCUUUCAUUUUAAGAUUACUAGACCUUUUCGAUUCUGAGGACCCCAGAGAAAGAGACUGCUUGAAAACAAUUCUGCAUAGAAUCUAUGGGAAAUUCAUGGUUCACAGGCCUUUCAUACGGAAAUCUGUUAGCAACAUCAUCUACAGGUUUGUUUUUGAGACGGAGCGGCAUAACGGAAUCGCAGAGAUGCUUGAGAUUUUUGGGAGUGUGAUCAGUGGAUUUGCCUUGCCAUUGAAGGAAGAGCAUAAGAUAUUUUUGUGGAGGGCUUUAAUUCCUCUGCACAAACCUAAAUCUGUUGGCAUUUAUCACCAGCAGUUAACAUAUUGCGUUGUACAGUUCAUAGAGAAGGAUCAAAGACUGGCUAGCUCGGUUAUAAAGGGACUAUUGAAGUACUGGCCAGUAACAAAUAGCCAAAAGGAGCUCAUGUUCAUCAGUGAGUUGGAAGAGAUUUUGGAAAUGACUAGCAUGGCCGAGUUUCAAAAGAUCAUGAUCCCUCUCUUUCGACGAAUGGCUCACUGCCUUAACAGUUCUCACUAUCAGGUGGCUGAACGAGCACAUUUGCUAUGGAACAAUGAGCACAUUCUGAAUCUGAUAACGCAAAACCGACAGGUGAUUCUGCCUCUGGUGUUCUCAGCACUCGUACAUAAUGCUCAAAGUCACUGGAACCAAGCAGUGCUGAACCUGACUCAGAACAUAAGGAAGAUGCUGUCUCAGAUGGACGAGGAGCUGGUACUAGCAUGCCAACGCAGGAUUGAGGAAGAAGAUUCAGGUGCAAAUGCUGCAGCCGAGAGGAGGAGAGUAACGUGGGAACGCCUAGAAGCUGCUGCUGCUGCUGCUGCUGGCAGUGUUCAAUCUUCUUCUGUAGGUAGUGGUGAUGUUUUAGUCCCAGUAAAAUCUGCUACAUGCUCAGUGGCAUGCUAAGCUAAUUAAUUGGUUUGAGUUAUGAUAUGAUAUUAUGAUAUGAUAUUAUGAUGAUGAUGAUGAUGAUGAUUAUGUAAGCCUAAUUAAGGUUCUAAUUAAAUUACAUAAUAGUGGUGUGGUUCUUGAGUUUUUA